UGUCUCUGGUGUCACAGAUUGGAGUCAUGUCACGGUUCUGCGGUUUCAGUCGUGGAGGUGACCACAUCCAGAAGCUCUCAGUCCGGUCGGGAUCUGGGGUUCUGGUGUCCCCUUCAGCUGAAGACUCGACCCGGUCAGCGCGGAUCUUUCCUCGGGGCUCAAGACUGCGCUCCGCCGUGCCACAACAUGUACCUUAAACCGCACGAAGUUCAGUUCGCCAAGACCUUCAUCGGCGUGUGUUCCAUUGUGUGCUUAUGUGCGACUCUGUUCACAUUUUUAACCUUCCUCAUUGAUGUGAAGCGCUUUCGCUACCCUGAGCGGCCGAUCAUCUUCUACUCCGUCUGCUACAGUUUUGUGUCUCUGGUCUAUUUUGUUGGUUUUCUGCUGGGUAACGAGGCGGCCUGUAACGAGCCGAGUCUGCCGGGCCGCGUGUCCACGGUUGUGCUGGGAGCCCAGAGUCGCGUCUGCUCGCUGCUCUUCAUGCUGCUGUAUUUCUUCUCCACUGCGGGAAUGGUGUGGUGGGUGGUUCUGACCAUCACCUGGUUUCUGGCCGCAGGGCCGAAGUGGAGCUGUGAAGCGAUAGAGAAGGCGGCGGUGUGGUUCCACACAGUGUCCUGGGGUCUCCCCGGAGCGCUCACCGUCGUGCUGCUGGCGCUGGAGAAGGUGGAGGGAGAUGGCAUCAGCGGCGUGUGUUUCGUGGGGCUCUACGAUCUCACGGUGCUGCGCUGGUUUGUGGUGGCUCCGCUGGCGAUCGCGGUGCUGGCUGGCCUCUCGCUGCUGCUCGCUGGCAUCAUGUCUCUGAACCGCGUGCGUCAGGUGAUCCAGCAUGACGAACAGAACCAGGAGAAGCUGAAGAAGUUCAUGAUCCGCAUCGGAGUGUUCAGCGGCCUGUACCUGCUGCCUCUGCUGGUGCUGCUCGGCUGCUAUCUGUACGAACAAGCCCACCGCAGCCGCUGGGAGAACAGCUGGAUCCGCCGCCACUGCCAGGAAUACAGCAUUCCCUGCUCCCGCCGCAGUAUUGAUGUGGAGCGGCCUGAGCUCUCGCUGUUUCUCAUUAAAUAUCUGAUGACGCUGAUCGUGGGAAUAUCAGCCGUGUUCUGGGUCAGCAGUAAGAAAACCUGCUCAGAGUGGGCUUCAUUCUUCAAGAGAAAUCGCAAGAAAGAGUGAGGCCACUUUCUCUAA